AAAUGAAGAGAAAACUAAACAAAAGCCAAGUAUAAACAAUAUGAGCAGCAACUUUUUCAAUGCAAUAUUCAUUAAUCAUAAACCACUUAAAGCUCAAUUAAUGAGAAAAGACAAACAAAACUUUGGCCAAAGCUUUUUUGCCUCAGCUGCGUGUUCAACGCCAUUGCUAGAACCAGUUAAACUUCAGCAUCGGCCCGAAAAUGAACAUUUCACAGUUGUUUCAGUCGUAUCAGGACUUGUCCGGCCAGCAGAUGAACCAAAUCAAUGAGUAUGUGGCGCAAGCUCUGCUGCACGUGGUGCACAUCCACAUUAUGAGCGUGACGCCGUCGCUGGUGCUGACCCUCUGCUGCCGCAACAAUCAUACGUGCAACUUCUACAACGAAAUGAUGAGCAUACUGUUUCGCGGCUGGGGCAUAGCCCCGCUCCAGAUAGUCACUGUGGAGCAGGGCAUGCUGCGAAAAUUCAUCCCGGGUCGCCGGCACUACAAUCUCAUCUUCACGGACUCCUAUGCGGCCUUUGCCGAGAUCGAAGUGGAGGCCUACUCCAAGGAGUACAACUACAACGAGUACUAUUACAUCUUUCUGCAAGCGCGCGAUCGGCUGCUGCUGAGCGAGAUGCAUCGCAUCUUCGAGCAUUGCUGGCGCCACCAGCUCAUCAAUUGCAACGUUCAGGUGCAGCGCGCCAAUGGAGAUAUUCUGCUUUACACGUACCUGCCAUUCGGGCCCGAGAGCUGUGCAGAUACGACGCCCCAGCUGAUCAAUCGGUACAACGGCAGUCACAUGCUAAAUCCUCAGCUCUUUCCCCGCAAGCUGAACAAUUUCUUCGGAUGUCCAUUGCGUGCAGGUCUAUUGCACUUACCGCCGUACAUCUAGCUAGACGGAUCUGGACCGGAUGCGCGGAUUACUGGCGGCAUUGAAGGUCGUCUCUUGCUGACGUUUAUUGAAAGGUUCAACUUAAGCAUCCAAGUGCAACAGUGGACCAGCGCAACUGGAACGGGAUUC